AUGUGGAAACAGAGAGAAAGCCAAUGUCUAGCAGCCGUGGCGGCCGAGGGCGGUAAAGACGUUGAUGCGGGCGGCGCCCGUGUAGGCGUGGCCCUCGUGGGUGCCGUCGCACUGGCAGAUGGACGUGUGGGAUUCGAGGACGCCGCGCGGGGGGAGUGCGCCCACGUGCUGCAGUUUGGUUGUAUCGAAACGAGGUGGGCUGCGAGGCUGCGAGAGGAGAUUGGGCAGAUGCAACUGCAUAAACCCCUCGUGGCCGUGUCCGAAAACGGCAGGUGA